UUUCAAGCUGGCCGACAUUGACAUACGCAUACGGACAAAAAAGACACACACACACCUAUAUAUAAACAAAGCAAGUUUCGUUUAUUUUUUUUUUUUGGUUUUCAUAUAUAUAGUCGCAUACAUUGUAUACGUUUAUAUAAAUAAAAAUAAACACAAAAAUUAGUAAAAUUGAUGCCACACGCCUGUAAUUACAACGAACGUUGUGCUUUUCUCGCUUAACUUGGCCUCGAGCUGAAUUUCUGUGCGCGUCACAACACUGAAAGUGGGUGACAAAUGGCUGGAUCGGCGCUGCGUCGCCUGAUGGCGGAAUACAAACAGUUGACAAUGGAUCCGCCGGAGGGCAUCGCAGCUGGUCCCAUCAGUGAGGAUAACUUCUUUGAAUGGGAGGCGCUGAUUGCCGGACCCGAGGGUACUUGCUUUGAGGGUGGCGUGUUUCCAGCUCGUCUGGUUUUUCCACCCGAUUAUCCACUAAGUCCACCAAAAAUGAAAUUCAUUUGUGAUAUGUUUCAUCCAAACAUUUUUGCCGAUGGCCGCGUUUGCAUAUCAAUAUUACAUGCCCCCGGUGACGAUCCCAUGGGCUAUGAACUAUCAGCCGAACGCUGGAGUCCCGUUCAGAGUGUGGAGAAGAUUCUGUUGAGUGUGGUUAGCAUGUUGGCGGAGCCCAACGAUGAGAGUGGAGCGAAUGUCGAUGCAGCAAUUAUGUGGCGGGAGCGGCGGGAAGAGUUCAAUCGGAUUGCACAGAAAUUGGUGCGCAAAACGCUCGGUCUACCAACAUAAGCACAUACACACAAACAGACUGAAGCGAUCCCGACCCACAGCAAUACAUACUACAACAAAAUUUAAAAGACAACAACUCUACCACUACCACUAUACCAAUCUUAAAACUGAAACUGGAAUCCACAACUUAUAAUUAAUCCACACACCAACAUGCGUUGUGUGGGUGUGUGUGUGUGUUUGUAUGUGUGUGUGUGUGCUUGUCCAACUCCAAAUCAAGCAACAACAACCACAACAAUUGUGCAAUACAUAUAUAUAUAUAUAUAAAUUUAUAUACAUAUAUAUGUAUAUAUAUAUUUUCAAUUAACAGAUAUUUUUCGCAAGGACUCUUAAAGUCGGAUCUACCCGCGCGAAGUUAGUUUUCAAUUUAAUUGUUAUUAUUCACGCUGAAUUGCUGAAGCUUAAGCUUGCAAUAAAAAAAAUCAAAUUCUUGAUGUUAAACUCAAUAGCUAAUAGAGCCAUCGGUGCAUUACUCAAAAUUGUAUGACUUUAUUGGUCAAGAAAAACGAUCCAGAUUAUCGUUUCAACCUAAUGCACAAUUUGAACAGAAUAUAUAUAUAAAUGUAUUUAGAGACUAAGCAAUGCAUAUAUAUAUAUAUAUAUAUAUAUAUAUUCCCAUUUUGAUUGUCGUUCUCAAGAUCCCCGACCCAUCCACGCAAUUAAGAUUAUAUUAUGGUAUGGUGUGUAGUGUGUAAUAUACUCACUACUCCAACGUGCUGCAACCGAAAUAAAAAUAAAAAAAAGAAUGAUAAAGAAGUGUUUUCUGUUGCACUAACCUGAA